AUGACCCUCUCGCCCCCCACGGCUCUUCCUGCGGUCCGGCCAUCGAUUGGCUGGGCUGUGGCACUUGCGGCAGUCUCGCUGAUCUGCCUCUUUGUCCGGCGGUCUCGCCGUUCCGGGCUUCCUCUCCCGCCAGGCCCCCGUGGCCGUUUCCUCGUUGGCAACCUCGGCCAGGUCAGCGCAGACCAUCCCGAGCGAGACUACAUACGAUGGGGCAAGGAGUUCGAUUCCGAUAUCAUCCACCUAAAGGUCCUCGGCCAGCACUCGAUCUGCCUCAACACAGUCGAGGCGGCCACGGAGCUGCUGGACCGACGGGGAUCCAACUACUGUGACAGGCCGCGGUUCACGCUAUUUGAAGUGAUGGGCUGGGGCCUGACCCUCACCUUCCUCCGCUGGGGCCCACAAUUCAAGCUACACCGAAGCCUGUUCCAGAAGACGUUCACGCAGUCCAACGUGAAGGUGUUCCGACCGGUGCAGCUGCACGAAGCCCGCAAGGCAGUGCGCACGCUGCUCGUCCGACCGGAUGCUUGGGAGGAGGCCACGCUGCUCAUGACGACGAGCAUCAUCUUCCGCAUCGCCUUUGGGCAGGAAAUUGUCGAUGUCUCGUCACCGUACUGCGCCAUGUCUGCAGCUGCCAACGAGGCCACGACCAACGGCGGCAUUGCCGGCACUUCACUGGUCGACGUCUUUCCGCCGGCCCGCUUUCUGCCCGACUGGCUGAACCCAUCGGCAGCUCUGCGCCACGCCCGCAACAGUCGUGCUGCCAUACGGACGAUUCACGACGUGCCCUGGGCAGCCUCGCUCAAGGACAUCGAGGCCGGCGAGGCGCCGCCGUCGUUUAUGCGCACACACUACGAGCGGCUGCAGGAGAGCAUCCGGGCCGGGCGGCCGCUCGAGAUGACCGAGCGUGACGUCAAGGGUGCCACGGGCGCCAUCUUCAUCGCCGGCGGAAAUUCGACCUGGAGCACGGUGCUGUCGAAUCUGCUCUUCCUGACGAAGUACCCCGACGCACAGCGUGCCAUCCGCGACGAGCUGGACACCGUUCUGGAUGGUGGCUCUCGGCUGCCCGAGUUUGACGACCGGACCUCUCUAGGAAGUCUGGACCGCUUCAUGCAGGAGGUGAUGCGAGCGCUGCCGCUGAAUCCGCUGGUCAUUCCGCACAAGAGCCUGCGUGAAGACGAGUUCCGCGGCAUGCGCAUCCCGGCUGGCUCUGUCGUGUUUGCCAACGCCAAGGCCAUGGGUUCUGACCCUCGCGUCUACAACGACCCCGAACGAUUCGACCCCGAUCGCUACACGCGCGGAGAGCCGUAUCCCAACGGCAACUUUGGCUUCGGUCGCCGCAAGUGUCCCGGGAACUUCCUGGCCAUGGCCACGGUGUACAUGUUUCUGGCGACGCUGUUGGCAGUGUUUGAGAUCGAAAAGGCCGUUGGCCCGGACGGGAAGCCGGUGGAGCCGGUGCCGGGCGUCACCAUCGGCUUGGGCGGGCACCCGUCCCCAUUUCAGUGCAAGCUUCGCCUGCGCAACCCAGCUCUAGCCAAACUGCUGGCUGAAGGUAAGGACGAGGCUUAA